AUGCAACAGUUUUCCUGUAAUAAUAAUGGGUGUACCGAUGAGCACUGCAAAGGGAUACAUGCUCAGGAUCGCCGUGUGGUGUCUUCGAGCAAACAGAUGGAUCUUCAUAAUCCUCAAACUCUAGCUGCCCAGAUUGACGAAGAGUCACAACACCUUCUUUCGCUGGCGGGUGUUUGUAAAAAUCAGGCGUCUGAUGCACCUCUCUCGCUUUCACUUUCAUCCCCCAUGGUAACAAUUGCUUCUCCAACUUCUGAGCUUUGGAGAAGCACCGUUCGAGAUUAUGUUCGACAAACAGGAAUACCACAGCUACAAGCCGAUGAAUCACUGCUUAGAACAUUACAGGAUGCAAAUAUUGUUGGAACACCUGCCGCUUCAACUGAAAGUUUGACACCCUUGUUGGAUGAACUUGACCUGCACGCGUUCAAUUCCACUAACUCCCCGCGUAACGGGACGUGA